GAACCAACAACUGAGUUAUAAUAUGAAAUAAAGAUAAUAAGGAUUGUGAACAUGGCUACAGCAGCGCCAACAGACAACCGAGUGUAUCUUUACCGUUUACUAACGCUUAACAUAGAUUACGGAACUGCACUCGUUAGGAAUUUAAUAGACGAUAAAUGCUUAAAUACUCCACUAAAAACCCUUCUGGCUCGCGAGAGAAGAGCUAUAAACAACCUGAGGGUAAACAGAAAAAUAACGAAGGUCCAGUUUGAUUUGUUGUAUCCACAAAGUGGCGAUCCUACAACCACGGAUUUCGAUCUUACCCUUGCUAUAUGCUUGCUGAGGAGCCUGAAACAUUUUGGUUUAAACCCUAGGUAUACCUGGAAUGUUACCCCUCAGCCAGGAGAUAUUUCACUUGAAGCAGAUUUAUGCCGCUUGCGGAUGUAUCGCAAUGAAUUUGCGCAUAUAUCGUCAACAGUCGGAAUUCAAGAGUCUGAUUUUGUUGCUAAAUGGGCCAUCAUCGAAGGGGCUCUGCACAGACUGAACAGCUUAGUACAAAAUCCUGUUCAGAACCUACAACAAAUUAUUGAUGAUUGCAAAACUGGUCCUCUUGAUCCUGAAGCAGAAAAAGAAAUAGAAAAGCAAAUAGAGACGAUGCAAAAAAUGGAGGAAAAAUUAGAAAUUGAAGUGCAAAAUAUAAAAAAUGAUGUUGCCGACGUAACGAAAAAUGUUAACAUUGUAUCUAAAGAUGUUCACAAACUAAAUGAAGAUGUUCAAGCAACCCACAAAAGAAUGGAUGAGCUGGAAAAGCAAAAGGAGUCAGAAGAAGUGAAGAAAGAUGUAGCAAAAGAGGUUGGCAAAGUAAAAGAAGAUGUUGCCGAAGUGAAGAAAGAUGUUGACGUAGUGAAGAAAGAUGUUGACGUAGUGAAGAAAGACGUAGCAAAAGAGGCUGGAAAAGUACAAGAAGAUGUUGAUGCAGUGAAGGAAAAUGUUACGUACCAUAUGAAGGCUGUAAAAGAAAGGAUCGCUCAACUAGAAUUUGAAAAGAAAUUGCAAGGUAAAUAGUUAUUUUAGUAGUUUUAUUUCUAAAACUUUAUUUCCCAAGCAUC